AUGUCCCGAGGUUGCGGCCCCAGCAACAGGGCUCCGAGCCCGAGGCUUUUGUGGCUCUUUACCACUUCUUUUGAGGAACCAUCAGACUCAGAGGAACCAUCAGACUCUGAGGAACCAUCAGACUCUGAGGAACCAUCAGACCCAGAGGAACCAUCAGACUCAGAGGAACCAUCAGACUCUGAGGAACCAUCAGACUCUGAGGAACCAUCAGACCCAGAGGAACCAUCAGACUCAGAGGAACCAUCAGACCCAGAGGAACCAUCAGACUCUGAGGAACCAUCAGACCCAGAGGAACCAUCAGACUCAGAGGAACCAUCAGACCCAGAGGAACCAUCAGACUCAGAGGAACCAUCAGACUCAGAGGAACCAUCAGACUCAGAGGAACCAUCAGACUCAGAGGAACCAUCAGACUCAGAGUUUUCUUCACAGAGUCUCUACAGUCUCUACAGACACAGAGUCUCUACAGUCACAGAGUCUCUACAGUCACAGAGUCUCUACAGUCACAGAGUCUCUACAGACACAGAGUCUCUACAGACACAGAGUCUCUACAGUCACAGAGUCUCUAUAGUCACAGAGUCUCUACAGUCACAGUCUCUACAGUCACAGAGUCUCUACAGACACAGUCUCUACAGUCACAGAGUCUCUACAGUCACAGAGUCUCUACAGUCACACAGUCUCUACAGUCACAGAGUCUCUACAGACACAGAGUCUCUACAAGUCUCUACAGACACAGAGUCUCUACAAGUCUCUACAGUCACAGAGUCUCUACAGUCACAGAGUCUCUACAGUCACAGUCUCUACAGACACAGAGUCUCUACAGUCACAGAGUCUCUACAGACACAGAGUCUCUACAGUCACAGAGUCUCUACAGUCACAGUCUCUACAGACACAGAGUCUCUACAGUCACAGAGUCUCUACAGUCACAGAGUCUCUACAGACACAGAGUCUCUACAGUCACAGUCUCUACAGUCACAGAGUCUCUACAGACACAGAGUCUCUACAGUCACAGAGUCUCUACAGACACAGAGUCUCUACAGUCACAGAGUCUCUACAGUCACAGUCUCUACAGUCACAGAGUCUCUACAGACACAGAGUCUCUACAGUCACCGAGUCUCUACAGUCACAGAGUCUCUACAGUCACAGUCUCUACAGACACAGAGUCUCUACAGUCACAGAGUCUCUACAGACACAGAGUCUCUACAGUCAGUCUCUACAGUCACAGAGUCUCUACAGACACAGAGUCUCUACAGUCACAGAGUCUCUACAGACACAGAGUCUCUACAGACACAGAGUAUCUACAGUCACAGAGUCUCUAAAGACACAGAGUCUCUACAGUCACAGAGUCUCUACAGACACAGAGUCUCUACAGUCACAGUCUCUACAGUCACAGAGUCUCUACAGACACAGAGUCUCUACAGUCACAGAGUAUCUACAGUCACAGAGUCUCUAAAGACACAGAGUCUCUACAGUCACAGAGUCUCUACAGACACAGAGUCUCUACAGUCACAGAGUCUCUACAGUCACAGAGUCCCUACAGACACAGAGUCUCUACAGUCACAGAGUCUCUACAGACACAGAGUCUCUACAGUCAGUCUCUACAGUCACAGAGUCUCUACAGUCACAGUCUCUACAGUCACAGAGUCUCUACAGUCACAGAGUCUCUACAGUCACAGAGUCUCUACAGUCACAGUCUCUACAGACACAGAGUCUCUACAGUCACAGAGUCUCUACAGACACAGAGUCUCUACAGUCAGUCUCUACAGUCACAGAGUCUCUACAGACACAGAGUCUCUACAGUCACAGAGUCUCUAUAGUCACAGAGUCUCUACAGUCACAGAGUCUCUACAGUCACAGUCUCUACAGUCACAGAGUCUCUACAGUCACAGAGUCUCUACAGUCACAGAGUCUCUACAGUCACAGUCUCUACAGACACAGAGUCUCUACAGUCACAGAGUCUCUACAGACACAGAGUCUCUACAGUCAGUCUCUACAGUCACAGAGUCUCUACAGACACAGAGUCUCUACAGUCACAGAGUCUCUACAGACACAGAGUCUCUACAGACACAGAGUAUCUACAGUCACAGUCUCUACAGUCACAGAGUCUCUACAGUCACAGAGUCUCUAAAGACACAGAGUCUCUACAGUCACAGAGUCUCUACAGACACAGAGUCUCUACAGUCACAGUCUCUACAGUCACAGAGUCUCUACAGACACAGAGUCUCUACAGUCACAGAGUCUCUACAGACACAGAGUCUCUACAGUCACAGAGUCUCUACAGACACAAAGUCUCUACAGUCACCGAGUCUCUACAGACACAGAGUCUCUACAGUCACAGAGUCUCUACAGUCACAGAGUCUCUACAGACACAGAGUCUCUACAGUCACAGAGUCUCUACAGACACAGAGUCUCUACAGACACAGAGUCUCUACAGUCACAGAGUCUCUACAUCAGAGUCUCUACAGUCACAGAGUCUCUACAGACACAGAGUCUCUACAGUCACAGAGUCUCUACAGACACAGAGUCUCUACAGUCACAGAGUCUCUACAGACACAGAGUCUCUACAGACACAGAGUCUCUACAGUCAGAGUCUCUACAGUCACAGAGUCUCUACAGUCACAGAGUCUCUACAGUCACAGAGUCUCUACAGUCACAGUCUCUACAGUCACAGAGUCUCUACAGUCACAGAGUCUCUACAGUCACAGUCUCUACAGUCACAGAGUCUCUACAGUCACAGAGUCUCUACAGUCACAGUCUCUACAGUCACAGAGUCUCUACAGUCACAGAGUCUCUACAGUCACAGUCUCUACAGUCACAGAGUCUCUACAGUCACAGAGUCUCUACAGUCACAGUCUCUACAGUCACAGAGUCUCUACAGUCACAGAGUCUCUACAGACACAGAGUCUCUACAGUCACAGAGUCUCUACAGUCACAGAGUCUCUACAGACACAGAGUCUCUACAGUCACAGUCUCUACAGUCACAGAGUCUCUACAGUCACAGAGUCUCUACAGACACAGAGUCUCUACAGUCACAGAGUCUCUACAGACACAGAGUCUCUACAGUCACAGUCUCUACAGUCACAGAGUCUCUACAGACACAGAGUCUCUACAGUCACAGAGUCUCUACAGACACAGAGUCUCUACAGUCACAGUCUCUACAGUCACAGAGUCUCUACAGUCACAGAGUCUCUACAGUCACAGAGUCUCUACAGACACAGAGUCUCUACAGACACAGAGUCUCUACAGACACAGAGUCUCUACAGUCACAGAGUCUCUACAGACACAGAGUCUCUACAGACAGAGUCUCUACAGUCACAGAGUCUCUACAGUCUCUACAGUCACAGAGUCUCUACAGUCACAGAGUCUCUACAGACACAGAGUCUCUACAGUCACAGUCUCUACAGUCACAGAGUCUCUACAGUCACAGAGUCUCUACAGACACAGAGUCUCUACAGUCACAGAGUCUCUACAGACACAGAGUCUCUACAGUCACAGAGUCUCUACAGACACAGAGUCUCUACAGUCACAGUCUCUACAGUCACAGAGUCUCUACAGACACAGAGUCUCUACAGUCACAGAGUCUCUACAGACACAGAGUCUCUACAGUCACAGUCUCUACAGUCACAGAGUCUCUACAGACACAGAGUCUCUACAGUCACAGAGUCUCUACAGUCACAGAGUCUCUACAGACACAGAGUCUCCACAGACACAGAGUCUCUACAGACACAGAGUCUCUACAGUCAAAGAGUCUCUACAGACACAGAGUCUCUACAGACAGAGUCUCUACAGUCACAGAGUCUCUACAGUCACAGAGUCUCUACAGUCUCUACAGUCACAGAGUCUCUACAGUCACAGAGUCUCUACAGACACAGAGUCUCUACAGUCACAGUCUCUACAGUCACAGAGUCUCUACAGUCACAGAGUCUCUACAGACACAGAGUCUCUACAGUCACAGAGUCUCUACAGACACAGAGUCUCUACAGUCACAGAGUCUCUACAGACACAGAGUCUCUACAGUCACAGUCUCUACAGUCACAGAGUCUCUACAGACACAGAGUCUCUACAGUCACAGAGUCUCUACAGACACAGAGUCUCUACAGUCACAGUCUCUACAGUCACAUAGUCUCUACAGACACAGAGUCUCUACAGUCACAGAGUCUCUACAGUCACAGAGUCUCUACAGACACAGAGUCUCUACAGACACAGAGUCUCUACAGACACAGAGUCUCUACAGUCACAGAGUCUCUACAGACACAGAGUCUCUACAGACAGAGUCUCUACAGUCACAGAGUCUCUACAGUCUCUACAGUCACAGAGUCUCUAGAGUCACAGAGUCUCUACAGUCACAGAGUCUCUACGAACACAGAGUCUCUACAGUCACAGAGUCUCUACAGUUACAGUCUCUACAGUCACAGAGUCUCUACAGUCACAGAGUCUCUACAGUCACAGAGUCUCUACAGUCACAGAGUCUCUACAGACACAGAGUCUCUACAGUCACAGAGUCUCUACAGUCACAGAGUCUCUACAGUCACAGUCUCUACAGUCACAGAGUCUCUACAGUCACAGUCUCUACAGUCACAGAGUCUCUACAGUCACAGAGUCUCUACAGACACAGAGUCUCUACAGUCACAGAGUCUCUACAGACACAGAGUCUCUACAGUCACAGAGUCUCUACAGUCACAGAGUCUCUACAGUCACAGAGUCUCUACAGUCACAGAGUCUCUACAGUCACAGAGUCUCUACAGUCUCUACAGUCACAGAGUCUCUAGAGUCACAGAGUCUCUACAGUCACAGAGUCUCUACAGACACAGAGUCUCUACAGUCACAGAGUCUCUACAGUUACAGUCUCUACAGUCACAGAGUCUCUACAGUCACAGAGUCUCUACAGUCACAGAGUCUCUACAGACACAGAGUCUCUACAGUCACAGAGUCUCUACAGUCACAGAGUCUCUACAGUCACAGUCUCUACAGUCACAGAGUCUCUACAGUCACAGUCUCUACAGUCACAGAGUCUCUACAGUCACAGAGUCUCUACAGACACAGAUUCUCUACAGUCACAGAGUCUCUACAGACAGAGUCUCUACAGUCACAGAGUCUCUACAGUCACAGAGUCUCUACAGUCACAGAGUCUCUACAGUCACAGAGUCUCUACAGUCACAGAGUCUCUCCGUGCUGCUCUGUGCUGCUCCGUGGACCGCCGGACUCAAGGACCGAGAGGGCCCGGGACCGAGAAGGCCCGGGACCGAGAAGGCCCAGGGCCGAGAGGAUCCAAGACCGAGAGGACCCGGGACCGAGAGGAUCCAAGACCGAGAGGAUCCAAGACCGAGAGGACCCGGGACCGAGAGGAUCCAAGACCGAGAGGAUCCAAGACCGAGAGGACCCGGGACCGAGAGGAUCCAAGACCGAGAGGAUCCAAGACCGAGAGGACCCAGAGGACCCGGGACCUCCGCAUUGGAGGAAGAUGAAGAAGCCAAGGACAGCUUUGACGUGGACAUCUCGGUCACCAGUCCUGAGAAAGUGGGGGACGGCAUGAACGCAUACGUGGCCUACAGAGUCUCCACCAGGGUGAGUCUGUGGAACUGA